ACUUUUAAAGCACUAUCCGGUUCGUGCUAGCACUGGUUGCCAUGGCAGCAGUAAACAGGUCGGGAGUCGGGAGCACCGUGUGUUCCUCCGGUGAAACUCAACCGGCACCGGAGCUCACACAGACAGCAGCUCAGAAGAAUGAGAGCUGAUGGUUGUGUGGAGGGGUCCAGACAGUCUGUCCCACUGGACCAGGACGGACACCAGGCUGGUGAUAAGUGCCCAGACAGUGGUGAGAGACAGAAAGCAACACAGGAUACAACGUGCCUGUCUGAACAUCCUGGGGACCAGACAAAUAAUACUAAAUUAGCAGAAACAGAAAGCCUCUGUAAAGAUCAGAAGGUCUCCCCUGUGGUCCAGGAAUACAAUCAAGAUGAAGGCAAAAGCCCACAAGCAUCUACACCUCCUGAGGGCAAAGUUCGUCGCAGUUUUGUCAACCUACCUGUUAUUAACCCAGAGAGACUGAAGACAGCAAAAGCAAUUGUGGCCAAAGCUGUCAAGAUGCAUAGGGUAUUCUCUGUCCAGGGACCUUACCCUGUCAUCAGAUCAGCAUUGAAGGCCAGGGGCUGGGUUGAGCAGCGUAUACACCGCCCAAAGCACCAUCGCCGGCGUCACAGCGAUGAGGGCAGAGCCAGCUCUAAUGAUGCUGGUGACAGCGAUGAUGAUGACAACGAUGAUGAUGAUGAAACCUCAGACAAUGCUGAAAAAGAAGAGGAACCAGAUGGACUAUACGAUCUCAUGUCUCGCCUUGUACGGAAUGAAAUGGUUUAUUUCUAUUGGACAAACCGCAGAGACACCAUCAACACCAACAGCUUGCAAAAAGAACAGAUUAUUAAUCAUUUCGCGAAAGCAGGCAGCUUCACCACCAAGGUGGGGUUGUGUGUGAACCUGAGGAACCUGCACUGGUUUGAUUCAGCUGACCCAGACACCUUCUUCCCCCGCUGUUACAGACUAGCAGCACGGGAUGAGAAGCAUGCUUUCAUAGAGGACUACAGGAGGACAGCCUGCAUCAGUCUUUUGAAGUACAUUGUGGAGAGGGAGCAGGGUGUUCAGAGAGAGGGAACAAGCCGCAACAUUCAGGGUCAGAGGAAAAAACAAAGCAAACGGCGAUCUAGACCAGUGGUCCUUUCCCAAAUGAUUGACAGCGCACUCAAAGUAUGCCAGGACUACCUCGAAAGUCUACAGCAUAGUGACAUAGACAUAAGCCCAGAGACACCGCAAAUAGUUACAGAGAAGGAGUGGACAGAGUUCAUUGACAGUUACUACCUUGUUGUUCAUGGCGAAGUAGAGAUCAAGAUCAGUGAUCAGAUGGUGACCUGCUGUGAAGCUAUGCUGCAGAGGCUGAGGGAGGUCAGUCCACAACUGGACAUAGACGGCAUACAUAACAUCUGGAUCAUCAAACCUGGAGCUAAGUCUAGGGGCAGAGGUAUCAAGUGUGCCAAGCGUCUGGAUCAGAUCCUCAAGCUAGUGAAUGGUGAACCAAACCUAAUCAGGGAAAGCAAGUGGGUGGUGCAAAAGUACCUGGAGCGCCCUUUGCUCAUCCACGGCACCAAAUUUGACGUGCGGCAGUGGUUCCUGGUGACUGACUGGAACCCUCUGACUGUGUGGUUCUAUAAAAAGUGCUACUUGCGCUUUUCUACACAGCCUUACUCCCUACACACACUGGACAGCUCUGUCCACCUGUGCAAUAACUCUAUCCAGAAGCACCUGACACCCUCCCAACAACGCCACCAAGGUAUCCCAGCAGACAACAUGUGGUCGGAUGACCAGUUCAAGACCUUUCUGUCCAGCCAGGGCCGGGAAGCUCAGUGGCAGACUGUGGUAGCCCCGGGGAUGAAGAAGGCUGUAAUCCACGCAUUACAGACAACACAGGAUCUGAUGGACUCACGCAAAAACACAUUUGAGCUCUACGGUGCUGACUUCAUGUUAGGUCGUGACCUGCGUCCAUGGCUGAUUGAAAUCAAUGCUAGUCCAACUAUGGCACCCUCCACCACUGUGACAGCCCGCCUCUGUACUGCUGUGCAGGAAGACACAUUACGAGUUGUCCUGGACCGGAGAGUAGACCGCACUGCAAACAUUGGAGACUUUCAGCUCAUAUAUAGGCAGGCAGCAGUAGAAGUGCCACAGUAUUUAGGAGUCCACCUACUUGUUGAGGGCUUCAAGAUCAAAUGUCCAAACUCACUUCCUCCACUGAGGUCCGCCAACCAUUCAGCACUCAAACACCGGGGUGCCCUCAAGGAGAAGGAACUUCAGCCUAAGAUGUUGAAGAAUGCAGAGUCCGAUCACAAAAACGUCAGCAGUGGGAUUCUGCCAUCUCUUCUCGUUCCUCCUGACCCACCUGUGCCCAUCCCUGUUGAAACCUUCACACCUCACCUGCCAAUGAAUGUGAGGUCCAUCCACUUGCCCUUUAGUACCCAGUCUAACUCCGCAUUUUUGUGUAGGAGGAGACCAGAUGCAUCAAAAGUCUACACAGAGAAGGUCCAAACUCGUAUGAUAGAGAAUCACCAAAAUCCUCUGGAGAUUACAUCUAUAAAACAAUCCAGACCAGCAGCUACCAGCACCAUGAGUGCCUAGAAAACUAUCACACUAGUGUUUGUUGACCAAAUCUUUUUUUGUCCCAUUCAUAAUAAAGUCAGACUUGAAUAGA